UGCCCGUGUGUGCGUGUGUGUGCGCAGGGAGGGCGACCCCGCCGCGGGCCGGGGGCCGAGCCAGCGAGCGGCCUGCCCCGCUGCCGGGAGCCCGCCUCCCUGGGUCUCCCUCCCUCCCGUCCCGGUCCCCCUCCUCGGGGCCUUCUAUAUGGGCCACCUUCUCUCGAAGGAGCCGCGUAACCGCCCGAGCCAGAAGAGGCCUCGUUGUUGCAGUUGGUGCCGCCGCCGGCGCCCUCUCCUCAGGCUGCCCCGCCGGACCCCAGCCAAGGUGCCCCCUCAGCCGGCGGCGCCCCGGAGCCGGGACUGCUUCUUCCGCGGGCCCUGCAUGCUCUGCUUCAUCGUGCACAGUCCCGGCGCGCCCGCCCCCGCCGGCCCAGAGGAGGAGCCGCCGCUCUCGCCGCCGCCGCGGGACGGGGCCUACGCUGCCGCCGCCUCCUCUCAGCACCUGGCGCGGCGCUACGCGGCCCUGGCCGCCGAGGACUGCGCCGCUGCUGCCCGCCGCUUCCUGCUAUCCUCGGCCGCCGCCGCCGCCGCCGCUGCUGCCUCGGCUUCGUCGCCCGCCUCCUGCUGCAAAGAGUUGGGGCUGGCUGCGGCCGCCGCCUGGGAACAGCAGGGCCGCAGUCUCUUCCUGGCCAGCUUGGGGCCGGUGCGCUUCCUGGGGCCGCCCGCCGCCGUGCAGCUCUUCCGGGGGCCGACACCGUCACCUGCCGAGCCGCCUACGCCCCCCGAAAUGGUGUGCAAGCGGAAGGGGGCCGGGGUCCCCGCCUGCACCCCCUGCAAGCAGCCCCGCUGCGGCGGUGGGGGCUGCGGCGGCGGUGGCGGUGGUGGUGGUGGGGGAGGGCCUGCGGGGGGAGGCGCUUCGCCGCCCCGGCCCCCCGACGCCGGCUGCUGCCAGGCCCCGGAGCAGCCCCCGCAGCCGCUCUGCCCCCUGCCCUCUUCUCCCACUUCCGAAGGUGCCCCCACCGAAGCUGGCGGGGACGCUGUCCGAGCCGGGGGCACCGCCCCCUCGUCCGCCCAGCAGCAGCAUGAAUGUGGCGACGCGGACUGUCGGGAGCCCCCCGAAAACCCCUGCGACUGUCACAGGGAGCCGCCCCCCGAAACCCCAGACAUCAACCAGCUGCCGCCGUCCAUCCUGCUCAAGAUAUUUUCCAAUUUGUCACUGGAUGAGCGUUGCCUUUCCGCAUCAUUGGUUUGCAAGUACUGGCGUGACCUUUGUUUAGACUUCCAGUUUUGGAAGCAGCUGGAUCUUAGUAGUCGUCAGCAGGUCACUGAUGAAUUAUUGGAAAAAAUUGCAUCAAGGAGUCAGAAUAUAAUUGAAAUCAACAUUUCUGAUUGUCGCAGUAUGUCUGAUAAUGGCGUAUGUGUUUUAGCAUUUAAAUGUCCUGGACUUCUUAGGUAUACAGCCUACAGGUGUAAACAACUUUCUGACACCUCUAUUAUUGCGGUUGCCUCUCACUGUCCUUUACUUCAGAAAGUGCAUGUAGGCAACCAGGACAAACUCACUGAUGAAGGACUCAAGCAGCUGGGCUCAAAAUGCAGAGAACUCAAAGAUAUUCAUUUCGGCCAGUGUUACAAGAUCUCAGAUGAAGGCAUGAUCGUCAUAGCUAAGGGCUGUCUGAAAUUACAAAGGAUAUACAUGCAGGAAAACAAAUUAGUGACAGAUCAGUCAGUGAAAGCAUUUGCUGAACACUGUCCUGAGCUUCAAUAUGUAGGCUUCAUGGGUUGUUCAGUCACUUCUAAAGGAGUCAUUCACCUAACCAAGCUAAGAAACCUUUCCAGCUUGGACCUACGUCAUAUCACUGAACUGGAUAAUGAAACCGUGAUGGAAAUUGUCAAGAGGUGCAAAAAUCUUAGCUCUCUCAAUCUCUGUCUGAACUGGAUCAUAAAUGACAGACCGAGUCUUGCUCUGGCACCCGGGCUGGAGUGCAGUCAGUGGCAUGAUCUCUGCUCCCUUCAACCUCCACCUCCUGGGUUCAAGGGAUUCUCUUGCCUCAGCCACCCUAGUAGCUGGGAUUACAAGUGUGCGCCACUGGCUGGGCGCGGUGGCUCACACCUGUAAUCCCAGCACUUUGGGAGUCCGAGGCAGGUGGAUCACGAGGUCAGGAGAUCCAGACCAUCCUGGCUAACACAGUGAAACCCCAUCUCUACUAAAAAUACGGAAAAAUUAGCCGGGCGUUGUGGCGGGUGCCUGUAGUCCCAGCUACUCAGGAGGCUGAGGCAGGAGAAUGGCAUGAACCCGGGAGGCAGAGUUUGCAGUGAGCCGAGAUCACACCACCGCACUCCAGCCUGGGCGAUAGAGCAAGACCUCGUCUCAAGAAAACAAAAAAACGAAAAAACAAGUGUGUACCACCACGUCCGAUUAAGUUUUGUAUUUUUAGUAGGGAUGGGGUUUCUGUUGGCCUGGCUGGUAUCAAACUACUGGCCUUAAGUGAUCCCCCCCCAACCCCUGCCUCGAUCUCCCAAAGUGCUGGGAUUAUAGGCGUGAGCCAUAAGCCACUGUGCCUGGCCUCCCCUUUUUUAAUUUCCUUUUAUACCUUAAAACCAUGUAGACUCCAUUUUCCCCAAUUUUGGUAAAUUCUAGUGACAUUUUCUUAAAUUACCCUGAAUUACUCUUUAUGUGAUAGCCUUGACUUCACUCUUUCUUAGUAAAAUUUUUCUUGAAAAAUGUACUCCUCUAGAAUGGGUAUGUGAUCACCAUUCAUAAAAAUUCUCUCUUGUUUUUGAAUAAUAUUCACCAUAUGAAAUAUAUCAAUGUCUAAAGAAAAUGGAACUGGAGGUCAUUAUUCUAAGUGAAGUAACUCAGGAAUCAAAAACCAAAUACCGUGUGUUCUCACUUAUGAGUGGGCGUUGAACUAUUGGUGCGAAAAGGCAUAUAGAGUGGUAUAAUGGACAUGGGAGCUCCAAGUGUGGAGGCUUGGAGGGGGCAAGGGAUAAAAACUGCCUAUGGGGUACAAUGCAUACUAUUCGGGUGAUGGGCGCACCAAAAUCCUAUACCUCACCGCUACAGAAUUCAUCCAUGUAACCAAAACUACUUGUGCCCCUAAAGUUAUUGAAAUUAAAACAUUUAAGAAAAAGAAAGUUCAAAUAAAUUAACUUUCCUGAAAACAAAGUGUACAAAGUAAAAUUCUUCUCUAUAAUCAACAUCCUAUAUAGACAAUUUAAAGUAAUCUUUAAAAAGCUGCUCAUAACAAAUAAUAAAUUACAUAAAUACUGUCUUGUGGUUUUAAAUAUCUAACAUUAGUUUAAUAUAUUACUGUAAAUUUCUUGGUAAUGCAUUGAAUUAAAGUAGAAAACUGGGCCGGGCAUGGUGGCUCACGCCUGUAAGCCCAGCACUUUGGGAGGCUGAGGCGGGCGGAUCACAAGGUCAAGAGAUUGAGACCAUCCUGGCUAACAUGGUGAAACCUCAUCUCUACUAAAAAUACAAAAAUUAGCUGGGCAUGGUGGCGCAUGCCUGUAAUCCCAGCUACUCUGGAGGCUGAGGAAGGAGAAUCACUUGAACCUGGGAGGCGGAGGUUGCAGUGAGCCAAGAUCACAACAUUGUACUCCAGCCCGGGCAACAAGAGUGAAACUCUGUCUCAAAAAAAAAAAAAAAAAAAAAAAGUAGAAAACUGUUUCUGCAAUAAGGUGAUUAUAUUCCACAACAAUUUUCCCUAUACAGGACAUGUGUAGAAGAGUCAUUUAAUGGGAGAUACUAUAAUUGAUAAAUAAGAUAUGGUCUAUACAUGGUUAUGUGAGUUAUCUAAGUAAAUAUUUUGCUUAGGUUUGUAUCAUUUAAAUACAGAUGGGAGAGUGGAUUUCUAAUUUCUAGUUCUUUAAAUGCUUAUUUUGUUGUAGCUGGGUAAUUUACAAAUGAAAAUGUUGAGAGCUCUCACUUUGCCUUUCCUUCCCUUUGUUAGGCUUCAUGUACUCAAACCUUGUGCUAUUUCAGUCAUUUUUUUCCCGCUUAACUAAUGGUUGUUUGGUGUUUGAUCCUAAAUAUAUGUAUUGUAGAGAUUUAUUUGCAAGGAAUGAAAGUGUAUUUUUAUGUUUUUAAUGGAAAAGCUUGGAUUAAUUAAGAAAACAUGCAUUUUAAUGAGGUUGAGCAGUAGAGUUUUAAAGAUCAGGCUCUUUUAGGUUUUAAUUACACUACUUGCACUUAUCCUGUAUACUGUAAUAGAAGUUUCAAACAUUAAAACCCACUUUGCAGUAUCAUCUAAAUUACUCAUCUCAUUGUUCUUGCCAUACUAUAUUACUAAGCUAAGUAAUAUUUGUAAUUAUAUUGGUAUAAAUCUAGAACUUCCCAUCAGACUUAAUUAUAAUUUCAGCACUUAGCUGAGAUGGGUUAGUAACCUUCCAUAUAGAGGGCACUGGAAUGCACUAAUGCGUUUAGCCUAUCAAUUAAUUCUGUUUUACAUUCGUUCAUUAUUAUUAUCCUCCAGUAAAUCAGAAAGCAUUUAUUAGCCCCCUACUAAAUACUUGGUACUGUGUCUCAGACUGUGGGGCACUGAGUUCCUGCUGUUCUCAAAGGUCACUCUCUUUAGGGGACAUAAGACUUAAUGAUAAUAGUGAGCCUUGUAAGGAUCGAGGGGUCGAAAGUAACCUUUAUUACCCAGGUAAUUGAUAGGGACUUUACACGUGUUCUCAUUUAAUCUCUUCAACGUCUUUUGUUCAGGGGAAGGUCAUACUAUUUCUAUUAAAUUUAGACCAUUUCUUUGACUUUCUUUGGCUUUUCAGUGGAUGUAUUUUUCCAUCAUCGUUGCAGUAAAAACUCUAAACAAGAAAAAGUGAAUGGCUAAUCAGUCAAUUUUCCAUAUCAUAGCUGGGAUUCACAUACGAUUGACAUUUAUAUAUAAAAUUCUUAAUUUUUUAACUAAGCUCAUUAUUUUCUCUCAUAUUGAAAGUAUAAUGGAACUUUUAGAUAUUAAUUUAUAUACAAUACCUAUUACAAAGAUUUAUCCUGAAUGUUGCUAGUUUUAAUAAAGGAUUUCUCACAUUAAGAUAAAUUUCAGUACUUGUCACAGUCCUAUAUAUAUAACAUUUAUCCUAGGUUCUAAUAAUUCUUAUCUGUGAACUUUUUUUAAGUUCAAAAUUUUAAAAUAUAUAGUAAUUGAAUGACUUUACUGUUAUACUUUAUGGUGUCUGUUAGCAUUUUCUGGUCGUUGAAUUGAUCUCUGUGACUAAGACAUGCUGCUCUUUAUCUUUGUUUUUCCAAAAGCACUUUUUGUGUUUAGAGAGUUAAACAGCAUGAUAUUUUCUUGUAUUCAGAAGGAUGGUCUAGUAGUGAUUUGACAUUUACCAUUGCUUUUGAAUACAAAUAACAUCCAAGUGUUUUAUGAAAAGAGGACACCGUACUAUUUCUAUCAGUGAUUUACAUUAAACAUCUGGUUAUUACGUCUCAUCUACUGCCUGAUUCUAAGUUUAUUGAAAUUUUUUUUGUAUUUAUAUCAGUCUUUAUUAUUUCAUAUCCAAUUUGGUCUACAACAUUUUUAUAUGUUUGACAUGGAGUCCAAAAGCAGCAUCUUUUGGGUGUAACAGCUGAUGUGUAAAAAACUGGUCUGAGCAUUGUUAUAGCAAUAUACUUAUAAUGGUUCUUUUAUUCUUUUUUUGUUAAUAAGAAUUAAAUAAAAUCUAAUUGAUUUUAAUAGAUCUUUACAAAAGCUGUUUUCAGUUUUUAAACUAUCAAAGAGGUAAUCUCUCCAUUUUCAAUUUUUAACAUUGGUCAUGAAAAUGAACUUAGUUUAAUCUUAUGUUUUAUAUCCCCAUUAUCAAAUAUAUGAGCCUUUCUUUGACAGUUGACCAUGCUUGCUCAUGAAUUAGGAGAACAAUAUAAAAAAAAAUACAAGAUAAAUAAGAUUAUCUAACAUCCAGUAGCUAAAGUCACAAAGCAUAACAAAGGCCAGGGUUGUUGUUAAUACCAAUUAUAUUGCCAUGAUUUGCUGUGUGAAUCUUGUAUUUAUGUAAGGGAAGCUAUUGCAUCAGUGCACACUCUAAAAUUUGGAGAAUUUUAAAUCUUAGGCUGUUAUCCAGUUUCUUUCAAGUAAAAAAAAGUCUACAAAAUAUUGCUAUUUUAUUUUAUAUGUGCUAGAGGUUAAAAUAGUACCUAUAGAUAUUUUUCUUUCUUUUUUUUUUUUUUUCUUUUUUUUUUUUUUAAAAAAGACGGAGUCAUGCUUUGUUGCCCAGGCUAGACUGCAGUGGCACAAUCUCAGCCCACUGUGACCUCUGCCUCCCGGGUUCAAGUGAUUCUCCUGCCUCAGCCUCCCAAGUAGCUGGGUUUACAGGCAUUCACCACCACGUGGGGCUAAUUUUUGUGUUUUUAGUAGGAGACGGGGUUUCACCAUGUUGGCCAGGCUGGUCUAGAACUCCUGACCUCAAGUUAUCCGCCUACCUUUUCACCCCAAAGUGCUGGGGUUACAGGUGUGAACCACUGCCCCCAGCCAGAUAUUUCUCUUUAAAUGUAACUUUUAAAUAAGACCAUUUGAAGUUGCAAACUUUUGGGCCACAGCUGAGUCUAGUCCACAAAGCUGUUUUGUUUGGCAUAUACAGUUAUUUAAAAAUUUUGAAUUAGUUGCCAGCACUUUAAAAAUUGGGAUAGUUCACAUAAAUAUUCUGAAUUCAGGCUUUUGGAAAAGUUGUGGACCCAAGAAUACUAGUCCCACAUUUUCUCAUGUCAACAUUCUUUCCAAGAUAGUGAAUGGACUGUUCCCUUUGGCCCCCUUUCCAUUUAUCCACUCUUCCCACCAAACUGGAUUAUCCUUCCUUAAAAUUAAGAUGUAGAGAAUUUUAGAUAUUUCAUAUUUAAAUCAUAUGGUUUUUCAAAAUUGAUUAUGGUAAAAUAUAUUAAAAAAUAAUAGUUCAUUAGUCUACCUAAAUUAGUUAUUUACUAUUUCAGGCACCAGAAUGUUAGUCAACAGGUGGAAGUUAUAGACGGAGACAGAAUGCAGCUUAAAAUAAGUUAAAACCUUGAUUUUCAUUGACUGCCUUCCAAAAUAGAGAAUGCACUCUUUGUUAGUGUUCAAACAGAGUGCUGUAAAGCAGUUUCCUGAAUUAUAAGGAGGGUUGGACUAGUUUAUUAAAGUCCCUCAAACUCCAAACCCGUAAUUUGAAGUUGCUUAUUUUAAAAUGAAUUCAUUGGCAAUGUUUAGUGUUUGGUUCAUGAUUCCUUUGUUUUCAAUAUUAAGAAAAAAUCUUAAUACUAUUCUGUCUCUUUUUUUAUUUUUGUAUAGAAAAAACCCUCUUUUGUUUUUUUAGGUAUAUUGAGGUGAAAGUUGUAGAGUGACAGAUUACUCCACCACCCCUUUCAGUGAGACUGACAGCACCUUGGCUCGUGUAAAACUCAAUGAGGCUUUAUAUAAAGAUUUUUCUAACUCCCCUGAUCUUCUCUGGAUGUUUAUUCUGUUUCUUCUUUCAAAUUUCAGUUGAUUCAAUAAAAAACGGUGAUAUUUAGAAAUAAAGUUCAGAGAGGAUUUGAGCAGGUGUUGGUGAUAUAAAAUAUUUGCUGAGUGCCCAUUGUGUUUUAUUUCCAAGAAUUGUUUUGUGAACAUAUGCUAUAUAUUGUAUUUAUAAGUGUUCAAGGUCUGGGUAGAUAAUCUACCAUCUUCCUGUGAAUGUCAUGUCACAGUGGACUUAGAAUUUUAUUUCAUUUCAAUCCCCUAAUAUUACUUAAUUCUCCUAGAGACUGAGGUUUAAAGAUUGCCCAAGGGGAACAAACCUAUCCAUUAAAUCCAGCAGGCAGAGCUGAAUUUGAGUUUGAGAAUAUUUUGUUUUCUUUUAAAGUUAAGUGGUGUGGAGGAGAGAAAUACUUUUCACCUUGGAGUAUUGAGUGUGAAGUUUGAGCAAUUUUCUAUCAUAAAAGCCUGAAAACUUGGAAAUAAAGAGGUGGCAAAAAUAAUGCUGACUGUUGAAGCUGCUUGGGGGUGGUAUUUAUAGCAGCACCGCCCUGCCACUAUAGAAUGCAGAGCAAUCUGUCUGCAUACUUUUGGUGCCUAAUAAUGUGCCUGGGCUGGUUAGGUGAAGCUUUAGUAAAACUGAAUUUUAGCUUAUUUCUGUAAUCUACUGAAUAGUUUUGUGUAUUGUCUAUGACAUUAUUUGUGUUUUUGCAAAAAGAAUAAUGAAAUAUAUUUUAUGGAGUUCUGAGAGGAUUACAGAAACAGAAUGGAGUCUUUCUAAACUAGUGACAUUAGUUUGAGGUAAGCAUGUUUUUGACGCUAUUUUUUUGUAUUCACAUAUUCACAAUUAUGUGUAAGACCAUCCCUAGAAAGUUAGUUUGAUAUUGGAGUAACUAUUAUUCUGGGCUUCCAAACUAUCUUUAAAAAAUCAUGAGGCCAGGCAUGGUGGCUCAUCUCUUAUCUCAGCACUUUGGGAGGCCAAGGAGGGUGGAUUACUUGAGCUCAGGAGUUCAAGACUAGCCUGGGCAACAUGGUGAAACCUCGUCUUUAUAAAAAAAAAUUUAAAAAUUAGUCGGGCAUGAUGGCACGUGCCUGUAGACCCAGCUACUGAGGAGGCUGAGCUGGGAGGAUAGCUCGAGACUGGGAGGAUUGCUUGAGACUGGGAGGCAGAGGUUGCAGUGAGCUGUGAUCGUGCCACUGCUCUCCAGUCUGGGUGACAGAGGAAGACCCUGUCUCAAAAAAACAAAACAAAACAAAACAAAACCAUGCCUAUUCUGUUCUUCUAUCCAUUAGACCUUCUUUCUAAAACCAUGAUUGGCCAUGUAGUGCUAGUGAGGUAAUAGUGU